UUUUUGAAUUAAAACCUUGAGACCUAUUAAAAUUAGACAAGUGAACUCGUUAUUAGAAAGACCAAGUCCACAUACAUGUGUAAUUUGUCGGUUUUGCCCUUACCCUACAAGAAACCGUAGCAACAAAGAAACUGACCACCCCACCCCCAACCCCUCAAACACACACAUAUAUAUACACUAUGCUAUGCAAGUCCCAAACCAUUCACACACACACACACACACUUAUUUUACCUUGUGCAACUUCUCAAUGGAAAAAAUGAUAGCAGAAAACUACGCCGCUCUCUCUCUUGAAGAAGUAGAGAGAGAAGAUGAAGAAGAAGAGCCCAAGCGACUCUCUUUCAGCCAUCUCCCCUCGCCGCAAAACAAUUCCGGAUCAUCAUCCACUCCCUCGGCCCGGCCCGACCUCCUCUUCGAGUUCUCCGCCGCCGACCUCGCGGCCGCGCCGACGCACUCCUACCACAACGACAUCGUUUUCUGCGGCAAGAUCAUCCACGACGACGACGAGGAAGAAGAAGACGAGCUGAACGAGUACCAGAAGCGCGACUACUUCGCCACCGUGAAAUCGAAAUCCCUCCGCAAGCCCUCCUCCCCGGACUCCGAGCACCGCCGGCUCUCGGCGGCGACGCGGUUCUCCGGCGAGCUGGCGCGGCCGAAGAGCGCGGACGUGGACGUGGACUACCACGUGCAGAGGGUGAACAUAAGCUCGCUGACGUCGAUGUCGGCGAAGUCGAGGAGGAGGAUGUUCAUGUUCGGGCCGGUGAAGUUCAAGCCGGAGAUGGAGCUGGGCGCCAUCAAGCAGAGGCAGGCCAAGCUGGCGGAGAGCGGGAGGAAGGGCCAGUGGGAGAUGUUGAAGUCCAGCCUCAGUGGGAGGUCGCACCUCACCAGCCUCUUCGCGAGGUCGUUGGGAUGCAUUCCGGCUGUCCGCGGCGGGGACCGGCGGUUGGGUGCGGCCAACUAGCCGUUGUCUUAUUUGGUGGGCUUGAAUGAAGAGUUUUGACUUCAUUGCGUGUGAUUGUGAAUUAAAGAAUGUCAUAUGCUCUUUAUUUUUAAUUAUUUUUGUGUAUAAAAAGUCUAAUUUGAAGGGCUUGUUUUAUUUCUUA